ACUAAUCCGCCUCACUCCCAGCUGCUCUCUCUGCCUCAUGACUGCCAGAAAACGACGCUCACUGCACAUUCGAGAUGACUAUGUUGUCGAUAUGAGGAGCCUGCAGUCCGAGCCGAACAUACAAAAGCAGAAGUGAAAGAACUGCCCAUCAAUGGCCAACUCCACCCCUCUGCUUGAUGUGCUGUGAGAGAGAAGCGAGUGGACCAGAAAAUCUGUAGCCAGUUGUGAUGGAGGACACUAAGCCCAAACCUGCUACCCCGGAGCCCGUCCUUGUGCCCAGUCCGGCACCCAGUCCAGCACCCAGUCCAGUACUCGGCCCAGCACCCAGUCCAGUCCUCGGCCCAGUAUCCGGCCCACUGCUGGACAUCAUUUCUUUGCCUGCAGCAAACCAUGUGGAGCACCUGAAUGUGAACCAGAUCCAGUUGGUGGUACGGCGCUGCUCCACUCCAAAUGUCACAGAGGAGACCACCUAUUUUAUUCCUCGAAACCUGCUGGUGGAUGCCGGCACUAACACAGACCCGCAAGUGGUCUGCUGCCCCUUGCUCCGAAGAUUUUGCCCAUGUCCACCACGAGGCCUUCUGGCCUCUCUCGUUACUAAAAUCCUUCUGGCAGCUGUGCUCUUCGGAGUGGUGUGGUCCAUCACCGAGGACGAGUGUCUUCCAGGGGGGAACCUGUUUGGCAUCACAAUCCUCUUCAUCUGUUCGCUCAUCGGUGGCAAAGUAGUGGCUCUCAUCCGUCUGCCCAAACUUCCACCGUUCCCACCUCUCCUUGGUAUGCUCCUGAUGGGGUUCAUGCUGAGAAACAUCCCAGUUGUAACAGACGGGGUGUACAUUGACUUCAGAUGGUCUGCGUCACUGAGGAACAUCGCUCUGGCUGUCAUUCUGGCCAGAGCCGGUCUGGGGUUGGAUCCCACGGCUCUGAGGAAACUGAAAUCUGUGUGUUUACGUGUUGCUGCUGGGCCCUGCAUUAUAGAGGCCUGCACCCCAUUUACUUAUGCCCUGAUCUCUCACUUCCUCAUGGGCUUGCCCUGGGUGUGGGGCUUCAUCCUUGGCUUUGUGUUGGGCGCUGUGUCCCCAGCAGUGGUGGUGCCCUCCAUGCUGCUGCUGCAGAAGGACGGUUACGGCGUGGAGCAGGGCAUCCCCACCCUGCUGAUGGCUGCAGGCAGCUUCGACGACAUUCUUGCCAUCACAGGGUUCACUACAUGCUUGGGCAUGGCCUUCGCCACAGGCUCCACUUGGUUCAACCUCCUGAGAGGUGUACUGGAGGUGGGUGGUGGGACGAUUGUUGGGCUUCUUCUUGGCUUCCUCAUCCAGUACUUUCCUAGUGUUGACCAGAAACACUUGGUAAUAAAGCGAUCCUUCUUGGUACUGGGCCUGUCCGUCUUUGCCGUGUUCGGCAGCGGUGUGGCUGGGUUUCCUGGCUCCGGAGGCCUCUGCACCCUGGUGUUGGCUUUCCUGGCUGGUCUUGGCUGGGGGUCAGAAAAGGCACGUGUGGAGGAAGUGGUUGGGUGGGCGUGGGACGUGUUUCAGCCUCUACUCUUUGGACUAAUAGGAGCAGAAAUUCGAGUGUCUGAGUUGGAGGGACUGACAGUUGGCCUUGGUGUAGCCACUCUGAUGAUUGCCCUGCUGGUUCGACUCCUGUUCACCUUUGUCUGUGUGUUCUGUGCCGGCUUUAACAUGAAGGAAAAAGUGUUCAUAGCCCUGGCGUGGAUGCCCAAAGCCACAGUGCAGGCCGCUAUAGGCUCCACAGCUUUAGACAUGGCCAGGACGAAGGGCGACAAGCAGCUGCAGGAGUACAGCAUGAUUGUGCUGACUGUGGCUGUGCUGGCCAUCCUUCUCACAGCCCCAGUAGGAGCUCUUAUCAUAGGGCUCACUGGACCCCGCCUGUUACAGAAACCAAAGAACUCUACCUGUGGUACUCCAGGAGGAGGUGAUGAUGACAAUGAAACUCCUAUCACCUACGAGAGCACGCUCUGACAUCAUCUGUCUUCAUCCCCGUAAGCAAGGACAUUUAAAGAGACUUCUGAGAUGUCUGAGCUUUCCUUCAGCCACCGAGUGGCCCCUUUUGUCUCUCUAUCUGCCGGUCAGCUCACGAUGUUUGCGGUGCUGCAGGAACUAAUGAAUCACUCUGUAUUUAUAGCCUCCGGUGCUUUCCAGACCUCAGGCUCCUAACAAAUGACCCAUAUCUGAGCCACUGCACUGUCACACUGUAUGACCGUAUGCAAGAGGGUUUUUUCUUUGCUCCAAAAUUAACUUUUAAUCAGCUAUAUUAGUGUGAGGCACGAAUAUGGUUUACAAUUUUGUAAAGGUGGAUAUUUUCUCCUGCCCGUCAUAUUCACUGAAUCCACCUUUUGCCCAUUUUUAUCACAACACAUCUGUUAACUAUUAAAUGUAUUUGGACUUGAGAAGGUGGUAUCAUGGUUUUUUUUUUAUUAGACGCUGUUUCCUUAGGAGGGCUGCAUAAUUGAAUGCACUGACAGUAGAAAUAUUUUAUUGUUUUAAAUUAGACCACUGAGUUGACACAAGCGUUUUUUUUAGGUGUUUUUCACUCGGUACAAUAUUUUUACAGAUGUGUUUGUGUUUUUAUGCGUAUGUUUAAUUAAAUGUGUAUUAGCUGUGUCUUGGUGAUGAGAAGGGUUUGUGUAGCUAACAAAUACUCAGGGAAAAAAUAAUUUACACCUCAUUCCUCUGGUUUACACACAGUGCUGCUAAAACUACAGCAAUCUGCUUCAAUGUUCCGAAUGCUCAACAUACAUCAUGUCCAUAUUCAAAACACUCAUGUAAACCAAACCUUUGAUUGUAAGGAAAAGUUGCUUUUUCACAUUUGUUACAUUUGAUUUUUUUUUUUUUAUUACAGAAGUAUGCAGUGUAACUUAAUAUUUUUGAUUUGAAUGUAUUGUCAUUGCCUCUUUGUGUAUUAUUAGCAACUAUUUAUGAUAAAGCAACUGAGCAAUUGAGCAUUAGUUUUUUACCAAAUAUUCCUUAAAUGAUAAAAAUGUACCAAGAACUGCUUUUCUCUUGCAUUUUUAAUACAUUGUAAGUAUUAU